GGACCUACUGUACCUUCCCUCCUCGCCUCUCACUCUGACAGCGCCGAGGUGCGCCGUGCAGGAGCUGGGAACAAAGGAGCGGAGUGGGGAGGGGAGCGAGUUGGGUGAGGGAGAGCCCCCGGCCCGCUGCCAGAAGAUCCCGGCAGGAGGAAGCCGAAGUGUCACUUGAAUUCCACCCAAGGAGCAGGCGCCUGGGAUCCGAGCGCCUUGUUUAGCAAUAACGGCUGGAGCACGUCCUAUAAGUUGCAGGAGCGUCUGCGGCGAAGGAGGACGACCGCUUGCCCCCUGUGUCCCGGCUCCUGGUCCCUCGAGACCCCAGCAUUGCCUUGCGCUGGGAGGGGAGUUCCAGAAUGAAGAGCAAGAAAGGUGUUGUUGCAGCAUCUGGCAGUGAGACUGAGGAUGAGGACAGCAUGGACAUACCCCUGGACCUUUCCUCUUCAUCUGGCUCAGGCAAGAGGCGGAGAAGAGGCAACCUGCCCAAGGAAUCUGUUCAGAUUCUGCGUGAUUGGCUAUAUGAGCACCGAUACAAUGCCUAUCCCUCAGAGCAAGAAAAAGCAUUACUGUCCCAGCAAACUCACCUGUCCACACUACAGGUCUGUAACUGGUUCAUCAACGCCCGCCGCAGGCUCCUCCCUGACAUGCUGAGAAAGGAUGGCAAAGAUCCAAAUCAGUUCACAAUUUCCCGCCGUGGGGCCAAGGUUUCCGAAGCUAGCUCUAUGGAGGCUGCGAUGGGAAUCAAAAACUUCAUGCCAGCUCUAGAGGAGAGCCCGUUUCAUUCCUGCACAGCUGGACCAAACCCAACCCUAGGGAGGCCACUGUCUCCCAAGCCGUCGUCCCCGGGAUCGAUUUUGGCUCGUCCAUCCGUGAUCUGCCAUACCACUGUGACUGCAUUGAAAGAUGUGCCUUUCUCUCUCUGCCAGUCGGUUGGUGUGGGACAAACCACAGAUAUACAGCAGAUGGCAGCCAGCAACUUUACAGACACCUCUCUCAUGUACCCGGAGGACACAUGUAAGUCUGGACCGGGUACAAACGCUCAGAGUGGUCUUUUCAACACUCCGCCCCCUACUCCGCCGGACCUCAACCAGGAUUUUAGUGGAUUUCAGCUUCUAGUGGAUGUUGCACUCAAACGGGCUGCAGAGAUGGAGCUUCAGGCAAAACUUACAGCUUAACCCCCCUUUCAAGCAAAACAGUUCUCAAAAAUGUCAUGAUUGCCGGGGGGAGUGAUGGCAAGAGAUGAAUUGCAUUAUUUUAUAUAUUUUUUUAUUAAUAUUUGCACAUGGGAUUGCUAAAAUGAAGCUUCCUGUUACUGAGAUGUCUUCAAUGGAAUACAGUCAUUCCAAGAACUAUAAACUCAAAGCUACUGUAGAAACAAAGGGUUUUCUUUUUAAAAUGUUUCUUGGUAGAUUAUUCAUAAUGUGAGAUGGCUCCCAAUAUCAUGUGAUUUUUUUUUUUCCACCCCUUCCCCUUUUUUGUUGGUGUUUUUUUUCAGACUGUGCAAUACUUUGAGAACCUAUAGCAUCUUUUCAUUCCCAUGUGGAACAGGAUGCCCACAUACUGUCUAAUUAAUAAAAUUUUCAUUUUUUUUUCAAACAAG